CUUUAUCAAAAACUGUUACACUACAAAAUAAAAAAAGAAAGGAUAACAUUCCAAAGGAACCACAAGUUAUUAUUACAAAGGAAGAUUGUUUUUCUCCCAAAAUUAAUGCAGAUUAUAUUGAUAUGUGGAUUCAAAAGCUGCCAAACAAAGAGAAAGAAAAAAAUAAUGAAAAUAUAAGUCCUGUAAGUUCUUCUGUGAUGUCAGAAGCAGAUUCGUUACAUAUAAUUCAAGAAAAUUAUGAUGAAUUAUCUUUAAAUAGUGCUAAUAACGAUAAUAAAAGUGAUUAUGAUG